GGUGACUUCGCUUACAACAUGGAUUCGGACAACGCCAGGGUAGGUGACGAGUUCAUGCGUCAGAUCGAGCCGGUGGCAGCCUACGUGCCUUAUAUGACCUGCGUCGGCAACCACGAGAGCGCCUACAACUUCUCCAAUUACGCCAACAGAUUUUCCAUGGUCGACCGAAGUGGACGAAUGAACAACCACUUCUUCAGUUUUGACAUCGGACCAGCACACAUCAUCAGCUUAUCCACAGAAUUUUACUUUUUCGUUGAGUACGGAUUUCUGCAGAUAAAGCAUCAGUACGAAUGGUUGGAGCAAGACCUCAAGGAGGCCACCCGUCCUGAGCGGCGACGCGAGAGACCUUGGAUAAUCACCAUGGGGCACCGGCCAAUGUAGCAGCACAACGACCGAGACGACUGCACCAUGAACGAAAGCAUCGUUCGUAAAGGAAUCCCUUUGGUACACCUGUACGGACUCGAAGACCUCUUCCACAAAUAUGGAGUCGACCUCGAGUUCUGGGCCCAUGAACACUCGUACGAGCGUCUUUGGCCAGUCUACGAUCGCCAGGUCUACAACGGCAGUGUUGAAGAACCUUACACAAACCCUGGAGCACCAGUGCAUAUUAUCACGGGAUCAGCUGGCUGCCAGGAGAAGCUGGACCCGUUUGUGAAAAACCCGGCAGAAUGGAGCGCCGCCCGUUUCUCAGACUACGGCUACACAGUGAUGACGCUGCACAACGGCACGCAUCUGAGCCUGCAACAAUUCUCCGUGGAAAAUGGACUUCAGCUUUUGGACGAAAUCACACUCAUCAAGGAAACCCAUGGCGCCUACCCCAGUCGCAGGGCCAAGAACUGAAGUCCCAUCUUGUUUGCUGUGGUCACGGCUCGCAAAUAAAGCAUAGCACGAAGACGCCUCAAUAUUUUUUUUCAACCAGCCAAAGAAUAAACGAUUAUGGAACCUCGU